GGUCUCUCUCGCGCUGACUGCUUCGACCAAUAGGGCUCUCCUCAGUCUAGAGAGGCGCUUCGCUGGAGUGGUGGCGCAGCGCUCUCCUCGGGUACAACAUCCACCGUGAAGAAGAAAGAACGUCAGGAGCUAAGGUUUAGUUUAAACCUGUAGUUGCUGUUUGGAAAAUGAAGAUGCAGACCGCAGAUUGGUGGCUUAUAUGUUCUUCAUGCAAGGGCAGCAUGCUAAAGGAGAGAAGUAACUGCGCUGACCAGUGACUGAAAGCUGCGAGCAUUGGGACAGAUUGGCUGAAGACAAGGAAUUUCUAAGAGUCAGAAAGUCAAGACGGAAUUGUGCUAAGUCUUUUCUCUGGCACACGUGAGUAGGAGGAGGCAUCCUUUAUUAAAUGGAAGAUAAAGGCUACUUCAUCUAAAGUGUUUUGAACCUGAGAAAAGAGCUGUUUUCAGCACCUCACCAUGGGUCUGCUUAUUGUUGCUUAAACAAGCUGGGAGUUUCAUUAGCCCGGGGUAACAGAUACUGGUUUUGUUAUUUGAAAGAAUUUUUGGUUGGAUUCAAAUGUGGCAGAAAUUCUGGAAAAAGACUGGAAAUAGCAUUCCAUAUUGGAAGAAGAGAUUUUUAUAGAUGAAAAAAAUGCCUUUGUUUAGCAAAUCACACAAAAAUCCAGCAGAAAUUGUCAAAAUUCUGAAAGACAACCUGGCCAUUUUGGAAAAGCAGGACAAAAAGACAGACAAGGCUUCAGAAGAAGUGUCAAAGUCUCUGCAAGCGAUGAAGGAGCUCCUGUGUGGAGCACAGGACAAGGAGCCCCCCACAGAAGCGGUGGCUCAGCUGGCACAGGAGCUCUAUAGCAGCGGGCUGUUGGUGACACUCAUAGCUGACCUGCAGCUCAUAGACUUUGAGGGAAAAAAAGAUGUGACCCAGAUAUUCAACAACAUCCUGAGAAGACAGAUUGGUACACGGUGUCCUACGGUGGAAUAUAUCUGUUCUCAUCCUCACAUCCUGUUUAUGCUUCUCAAAGGCUAUGAAGCCCCACAGAUUGCCUUACGCUGUGGGAUUAUGCUAAGAGAGUGCAUUCGACAUGAGCCACUUGCCAAAAUCAUCCUCUUUUCUAAUCAGUUCAGAGAUUUCUUCAAGUAUGUGGAGCUGUCCACAUUUGAUAUCGCUUCAGAUGCCUUCGCUACUUUUAAGGAUUUAUUAACCAGACAUAAAGUGUUGGUAGCAGACUUCUUAGAACAAAAUUAUGACACUAUUUUUGAAGACUAUGAGAAGCUGCUGCAAUCUGAGAACUAUGUGACAAAGAGACAAUCUUUAAAGUUGCUGGGUGAGCUGAUCCUGGACCGCCACAACUUCACCAUUAUGACCAAAUAUAUUAGCAAGCCAGAGAACCUGAAACUCAUGAUGAACCUGCUUCGGGACAAAAGUCCAAACAUCCAGUUCGAAGCCUUCCAUGUCUUUAAGGUGUUUGUGGCCAGCCCCCAUAAAACGCAGCCUAUUGUGGAGAUCCUGUUAAAGAAUCAACCCAAACUCAUUGAGUUUCUGAGCAGCUUCCAGAAAGAAAGGACAGAUGAUGAGCAGUUCGCUGAUGAGAAGAACUACCUGAUUAAACAGAUUCGAGACUUGAAGAAAGCGGCCCCAUGAAGACGGUCCUGCCCUGACAGCCAUUUGUCUCCCUGUCCCUUGUGUACAGUGUUGUUUCAAAGUCUCUGUUCUUGGGAAGGCUUUGAAAACCCUGACCUUCUCAACUGAUUGUUCAAAGUCGAUGAAAUACAAACAUUUGAGUGGAAAAAAUCAAUCUAGAAUAAUACAUUCAUUUUAAUCAAGUCUGUGAUUGCUUAUGGAAUCAACCAUUAUAUUAAAUAUUGAUAAAGACGGUGUAAGUCCAGAACUGGACCCUAGGUCACCCAGGACAUCAAAUCAAGGAACACAUGUGUUUCUUGAAACAGACAAUGGGGAGGGGACUCAUCUGGUUUUUCAGACACUGAAGAGCUGGGAGACAGGGCAGCAUUGUCUGCUCUGUGUGCACUUUCCUUCCCUGCCUGCUGCCUGCUAGGUAGGAAGUGGCUUCUGACUCAUGUAAGGGGGACAGGUGUCAUCUCCCAGCUCAAUUCCUCCCCACUGUACCCCAUGUCUGACCUGUGGCCCACGCCCAUUCCCACUUUUGAGGGCGAAUCUGGGAGCAGCUGAGGGCCAAGUGAGAUCAGUAGAGGUUGCAGGGACCAAGAACACCUGUGGACUGUGACGCUCACAGGAGAGUUGCAGACAGGAGGCCACAAUCACUGUUCUGUCAGCACCGCUGAGGGUCAGGGAGUGUGAGGCUCUUUCACUAGUCGCUGUCAUGGAAAGAACACUUCCUGGUGACUGUUUUGAGAGGUGGAAUCACAGGAGAUACAAACCAUGGCUAUAGAGGAUCAUAAGAGACUUAUAUCAGCAAAGUCAUGCAUAAAGAAUGCCUCAACCAACCAAAGAAAGGUUCUCUUGUCCAGUUUGUUCUGUAAUAACUGUCAUUCUGUAACCGUCUAUCAGUGUCUUCAGUGAGAAGCUUAAAAGUCUAAAUGAACUCUCUUUCAUACUAGAAUAAUUACGGUGUUCAUUUGUGUCCCCUUAACAGGGACAGAGAGGAAAGUUAUUUUUUUUAAAGGUCACGGUUUGUUUUCAGACCUAAGACCUCUAAAAUGGACUUUAAAGAUAAUUCCGCAGGCACUGAAGCAACCACUGCCUGCCGGCAGCUCUUCAUGCCUGGAUCCCCAGGGCACCUGGCUGCUGUCUUCCUUGUCUUUGGGCACACAUGUCUCCACCCAGAGACAGGGAGAGAAGUGUGUUCUCAGGUAUAAAUGCCUUUCGUGGGCUUCCCACCGGAGAAUUGCCUGGCAGGGCACCUUGCUUCUUGGCUGGUUCAAGUGUUUUGCUUCCAUGCACCCCCUGGUGUCCUGCAUUCUUCAGUCAUGGAAGUCAGAUUAUUUUUAUUUUUCCUGAUAGCAUUGAACCCCUUAGAAUUUGACCUUUCUUGAUUUGCUUAUUUGAUUAAAAGAGAUGAAAAAAACUUUAAAUGUGUUUCCAUAGCAUCACGGAACACAGGCAAGGCCAUGUUUUAAUUGUUUCAGUUCUUUCCCAGCCUCUCUUUACCCUGGCUGUGGACCUGCUGGACAGAAAGCUAUAGGAUCUGAGGUGCAGCACAUGAGGUGGCUGGGUGUUGACAUGAGUUUAUAAGUUACUCACUUAGAGGGGACACUGAAGCUCGCCAUCACAGUGUGUUUACACAGAAAUCACUAGAAAUACUGUGAGACUUGGGAAAGGUCAUAUUUAAUACGAAGCACAGUUUAAAGACCAAAUAAAAAGUACCACAUA